ACUGCAUUCCCAAAGGUGCUCCCAGUUUCCUCAUCACUGUUGCCGAUCCAUUGCCCUCCAUCUCUCUGGGGACAGGAAUCUGGGAUGAGUGUCCAUUGCUUCAGCGGACAUGGAUUUGAAUCAGCUGGAGGCUUUUCUUACUGCCCAAACCAAAAAACAAGGUGGCAUCACGUCAGACCAAGCUGCAGUCAUUGCGAAAUUUUGGAAGAACCACCGAAUGAAGAUCCACGAGAGCCUGAUCAAUCAGAGCCGGUGGGAUAACGUCCUGAAAAACAUGAACUGGCGAGUGGAUCUGAAGUCACAGUCGAGACACAUUGAUCAGAUAAACACUCCUGUUGCAAUAGUUGAAAUGGAACUGGGAAAAAUUGGGCAGGAAUCGGAGUUCCUCUGUUUGGAGUUUGAUGAGGCCAAGGUGAGCCAGAUGCUGAAGAAGCUCUCAGAAAUAGAGGAGAGCAUGAACUCAUUGACUCAGACCACUUAACCAAAUAAAGAGAUUGGAACUCAGAAAAUGAAUGGCCCUUGGUACCUUCUCAUUAUUCCUCUUUGUGCACAUAAUCUAGCUAAUGAUUGUUAAAUCCUGAUUAUAACUGCAGAAUGCAUUCGCAACCAAGUAGAGGCUAAGUCACACUAUGAAGCUUUCUCCCUUCCCUCCUCUAGGCCUGUUCUCCAAGCCAGCAAUGGUGUUGUUUGCAUAAAGCUUUGCAUCAUCAGGCCUAGAGUGAAGCAUAGCUUUUCUCUCUUUCCCUUCAGUCAAUCUCUGAGUCAUGCACAUGCUGUAAGUACUGGGCUGGAUGAACAGCAAAGGUAAAUUGGCCAGUUGUGGCAGGGAAGAAAUGAGCAGAAGAAACAAGCAGCCUAUGGGGGACUCAUGUUUAUCCUUCCAAACCAUGGGCUACGUAGAGCAAAUCCACCCACAUGAACUGUGUCUGCUUUGAGCUUAAAGUCCAGGAGAGUAGGUGAAGUGCAGUGAGUUCAGGGAGCAGAGACACAAACACACUUCUGUAAUGGGAGUGUCUGUGCUGCUGAGGAUUAAAUGGAUCCUGAGCGUGUGAGGUGGUCAGUGUUGCUGGCCCAUCCAGUCACACCUACCCAACACCAUGGAGAGCCACAGGGCUAUGGGAAAUGCUAGUUCUCCCAAAGGAGCAGCCUUCCUACAUGUGCUGAGCGCCUGAUCCAGCAACCUGCUGGCAAGCCUUCAAAGCCACUUCUGACCUGCUUCCCCGAAGACCAUCCACCCUCAUCAGCCUUCCAGCUCUUGGUCUGUAGUGGUGCAGCCCUGGCACCAAGCUGCACGGUGUGUUUGAGAGGCCAGUGCUUUGUCAGAGCACAGUUUAACUUGGCUGCUCUUAGUCCUGUUUGUCGUGAUGUUUGUUUUGACCUCAGAAAGCCCCAGGUUAGACCCAGGGUUUCUAGUGUGUGCACACUCAGCUUGGAAUUUGGAUAAAGGGAAAAUGUCCUUGGCAACCUUGCAGGCUAAAGCCCUGUUGAUAAAAUAGUUGUGUGAAGAAAGCUUCCAGAGGCAGAUAAGGUAUGCAUAGGGCACCACGAGCUGACUUGCCCAAGUUGCUCUGACCCUUGGCUGUGGGGGCACCCACAUCUCUUUGCCAUAGCACCAAACUGCGGAGCAACCACCACCCUUCUGCUGCAGAGGACAGAGAACUGUUUUCCAUUUCAGAUGUUUCCAUUCAGGGGUGCACGUUCCUGUCACAGCAGGAUGUAUAACCACACGUAUGUACUGGCUUAUCCGUGCAGAAGGACCUGGAGGGGCUGUCCUGAGCAUGGAGCAUGAUAGUCCCUACUGGAGAAAUAUCUGAUAGUCCAUAAGGUGGUGAUGGACCAGCUGGAGAUGCCAGUGCCUCACUGUUUUGUGCUAUUACUUAACCAGAAGGUGUGCACACACAUUUGGUUGGAGGCUACAUUGAUUCUUUCAGUUUUAUUUCAGCUUCAUAAGCAACCUCCUCCUGAGCUAAAAUUAUAUUGAGGACUUGUACCAAGAUAGAAAUGACAAUAUAAAAUGUUCCUGUGCCAUAACUGAAGUACUCCUCAUUGCUCCUCCUUGUCAUUUUAUUGCUUGUGGACUUGCCAGAUUGCAUUUGGACACAAAAUCUCUUCAGAGUGAGGGAAGGGCACCUUUUCCCAUCUGCCUGGUGAGAAGGGCAAGCUUCACUCAAGCCAAUUUGCAUCACUGCAUUAGGAAUUAACAUUUCCUUUACUGUGCCUGUCCCUCUGCCACCUUGUCUUUUAUGGCCCCCUGGUUCUCCCCUCGAUCUCAUGGAAGGACUGCACAGCCCCAUAGCUCCUUGCUCUUCCCAGCAAAUACUUGUCAGAGUGGAACUGGACUGUAACUACCAACCAAUCCUCAUGCUGGUCCAUGGGUACCUGGCUGCUGGCACGGGUGUGGAAUGCUGAGUGGUUGGUGAUUCUCUGAGCUUUCCACUUGCUUUCUCAUUAAAAUGGAGGGGGUUUUCUGCAUUUUAGAGCAUGUUUAAAAAAAGAAAAAUCAAGGUCAGGGAAGGAUCGUGAUCUUAAGUAACUUGCACCGUGUCAAACAUACUUAUUGUUUUCUUUUAACAUGGUCAGAGGAUAGGAAAAUGUGCUAUAAAUGGAAAUUAAAGAGAAACAAACUGGGAACAGAUGUCAGGAAGUAUUAUUUCAUGCAAAGAAUAAUAAAUAUGUGGAAUGGGUAACCAGGCACGGAGGCUGAGGCAAAAAGCAUCAGGAUCAUUUAGGAAAUGAUUAGAUACUUUCCUAGUAGGGAUGUGAAGUUAAAAGGGGGCAUGUUUCUAUGGAUGCCUGCUUCUGUCUUCCUAAUCAUCACUCUCCUGCAUAGCUAAUGUCCUGAUUUUCUUCUUGGUGGAUCUUCAUAAGCUAUUGUGCAAAAUGAGGGAAAAAAAGCCGAGUGUUUUGAGGACCACACUGCCCAGCUCUUGGUCAGGGCACAGGAGCGUCACAGGGCAGUAAAAUCAUUUCUGCUUCAUGAAGUUUGACAUAGUCAGGGAAGAGGAUGCUGUGCUUCCCCAGACUGCUGUUAUCUCCAGCUGGAGCUGGGGCACAGAGAACAGAUUUCCCCCUUGAGCAGAACCAUGCCUUCCUGCUGGCAUGGUUUAUGUGUGUGUCCAUCCUGCUGGCACGGUUUAUGUGUGUCCAUCCUGCUGGCAUGGUUUAUGUGUGUGUCCAUCCAUCUGUCCCUCCCUACAGAGUUUUGAACCUAUUGGCUACUUCUGACUGAACUUGGAGAAUGAGGCCUCUGAUGCUGCUCUGCUUUGCUUCUUUGAGUGAAGGACACGAGCACCCAUGGCUGUUUGUUGGGAUUCAUGGAUGUCUCUUGCUGUCAAUGGCCUCACUAAAUAUCUCUGUGAUGUUGCAAAUGAAAGCUGCUGCUUACACACUUCAGGAGAGAUUUCAGAUUCCUUCCUCAAAGCUCAGACGUAAACUAGACUCAGCCUGAAUGUGUGGCUGGGCAGCUCUUGCUGUGACUGAGGCCACAUGUGGAUGCUGGCCUCCUGUGUAGGUCUGUCUGAGCAGACAUCCUAGCACAGCCCUGUUGGCUGUAAGGGCCUCAUCCUGUUUGGAGACCUGCUGCCUACCACGGGCACCAGCUCAUGUGCCUGCAUGCUGAACUAUGCCAGCAGUGUGAUGCCAGGGACAUCACCUCCUGCUCCUCUUCUUCCUUCCUGCAAGGAAGCUGCCACAUUGCAGCAUACCCUCCACUGCUGGUCAAGGCAGGCAAUUUGGAGAUUUACAGCAGGGACACAAGCAGCUCAGCACAGCCAGAGGAGGAAAGUGUGGGACAUAGGAAGCAGCAGGAGGAAGAGCUGAAGAAGGGCCCUUGCCUGAGUCUCACCUCUCUCCUGAGAGAGGUUUCCCUGCCCAGGCUUCAGAAACAGCCAGGGAAGGAACUGAGACACAACUCAUGCCACGCUCAGAAAACUCCCCUUUAUACCUGCACCAUUGCAGGUGAACCUGCAGUCUGCCCAGUACCCAUCCUUCCUGGUUUAUUAAUAACUGAAAACCACUUGUGAGUGGAACUGCCAUGUACCACCAGGCUGGGGCAGGUUUGGUUUCAAUCAAAGUCCAGGUAUUUCAUCUAACCUGCAUUGCGUUGGUGGAGGCAGGGCAUGGAGCAUCCCAGGACAUGCUGCUCAAGCAGGGGACAGCACCCAGGAGCACCAGCAAUUUCCUCUGGUCCCACUUUUGCUGGUGCUUUCCUAUGUGGAUUUGCCCUGCAGUGAGUGAGGUUCUGCUGCUGCAGCUCUGGCACCGUGUCCAUGAUGACGCACUGUGCACAUGAUGGACAGGCCAUCCCAAGCUCUGCUGCUUCUUACUGGAGACUCACAAACAACAGCCACAUGUUGCAGCCUUCAGCUGGUUCUUCCUCAGAUGUCACCUUUUUCACUGCUAAAAUGCUCUGCAAUUUAUUCCUGCAGUAGCUUCUUGUUUUCUGGGAAUUCCUCCAAGUUGCCACUCGUUUAUGAUCUGAUGCUCCCUAAAAUAUCUGCGAGUGCUGUUGCUUUCAAUCACGCAUUACACAACUGGCAAGCUGUGCACGCGUUCUCUGCUUGGCAAGAUGAUUUCUCUUAGCACUAUUUUCUUUUUUCUUGGUCCGUGUAUUCCCAGAACUGCUGAAGUUUUUGAGUAUUUUUCUCGGCAUAUCUGUAUUUGAAAAGAAAAACCCCAACAGUUUAGGCACACUGUUUUUCCAAAUCCAGGUGUUGUACUUCAUAAAGCUUCAGGCCAUGGGAAGCAGCAGAUGAUGAGGCAUACUUACACUGCUGUUGAUUUACUUUCCCAUUGCUCAGGUUACUCAUUGUCAUUAUAUUUUAUGUUUCUUUCUUCUUUUCCUUCCUUACAGGUCCUUUUUGCAAGUAUAAAUAUCAGCAUUAACAUCUGUGCAUUUAUUGGGUUUCAUGGGAGGGUUUUCACUGGAGUCCAUGACUUCCACAUUUGAUUAUGCUUUAACUUUUUUGAUAAACUGGUAGAUAUUUUGAUAGAUUUUCUGCCCUGUACAUCAAUUCUUUUCUAUCUAGAAUAAAAUAAAUAACUUA